CUUCUUCUGUUGUAUGGAGAGUUUUGACCUGCGCUGUUUGGACACCAGGCUUGGAGAGGAUCCGAUUCCGUUUCAGUCACAUUCUUUAAUCUGGAUCCGAACCCAGACAAGAUUUACCGAAUUACUGGAUGUGCAAAUGUGCUGAUUUAUAAGCAGAUUUAUAAUAACUGCUCACUGCUCGAUUAUUCCUCCACCGCACCGAUCCGGUUCUAUUAACCCAGGAAAAUGAUGCGGAUGCCCAGAGGCGUCUCUCCCGCACCGGCCCGGCCGCCGGUGGGGCUCUCCUGCUCCCAGAAUAAGAUGAAGAUUGUGUCCAGCGGCGGAGUGAAGGGCGAGCUCUUCUGCACCGGACUGUCCAGCCCGCCGAUCAGCACGGUACCGGUCGGAUACUUCACCCAGAUCAGCAACACAGCGGCCGAACAAAGAGGCAACAGUCUGUACUCAACCCCCCACGGACCGGACGCGAAGCCCAUCAGGUCGUCCACCGGGCGGCUGCCGGCAAAAAGGAAGCUGGACCUGGAGGACCCUCUCUACCUGCCGGAGUUCAGGACACCUAAAGGCAAAAGCAGCUUCGUAACAGGACUUCAAAGCCCACGAACUCCAAAGUCUCCAGGGGAGCGGACGCGGUACGACACAUCGUUGGGCCUGCUGACCAAGAAGUUUGUGGGUCUGAUCGCAGAGUCUCCUGAUGGAGUUCUGGAUCUCAACUGGGCCACUGAAGUCCUGGAGGUCCAGAAGAGGCGGAUCUAUGACAUCACCAAUGUCCUAGAAGGGGUCCAGCUCAUCCGAAAGAAGUCGAAGAACAACAUCCAGUGGCUGAUGGGAAAUGUUUUUGAAGGCGGUGCUGCUGGGGGAGAAAAGGCCUUUGCUCUCCGGAGAGAAUUGGGGGACCUGGAGAAAGUGGAGAAAUCCCUGGAUGAGCUGAUCCAGUCCAGCACCACUCAGCUCAAACAGCUCACAGAGUUCAAAGACAGUCAGAGUUUGGGCUAUGUGACGUACCAGGACAUCCGCUCCAUCAGCAGCCUCCGAGACCAGACGGUCAUCGCUGUUAAAGCUCCUGCUGAGACAAAGCUGGAGGUGCCAGACACUGCUGGGCAGGGCUCAUUACAGAUCUAUUUAAAGAGUAGGAAUGGGCCUAUAGAAGUGUACCUGUGUCCUGAAGAAGGGCUUGAAGAUGUCAGUCCGGUUAAGAGGGAUGUCACCCCUAAAAAGGAAAACAUGGAAAUACCUGUUACCACCCCACUAACACAAUCAAACCAGAGUGUCAAAGAGGAAGCUGAUGAAGUGAGUAUAUCCACUCCAGCUGCAGCCGCUGCCUCAGCUGCCAGUUCGGCCCCCCCGCUGCUCGACGUCGAGGGGCUUCUGGGUCUUCCUCCGAGUCUGCUACAGAUCACAGAGGACCAGCUGCCGGGCACCUCGUUCACCUCAGACCCCAACACUCCCUUUGUCUGCUUCUCUCCGCCUUUAGACCACAGCGACUACCUCUGGAGCCUGGAGGAUACCGAGGGGGUGUCGGACUUCUUCGACUCCUACGACCUCGGAGAUUUAUUGAAAAGCUGAGAUUGAAAAUAAAGAAGAGGUUGGGAAAUAUUUAAAUGAAUGCCUGAUCGGGGCAAAAUAAUAUUACACUAUGAAGCCAUUGCUUAUUUUUAUUUCUUUAGAGAAGGUUGUUGGAUUUACAGUGUAAAUCGUUUGAACGUAUUGUAAGGGGCGACGAUGGAACAUAGAGGUAAUUCUACUCAAAAACAUGGAGAAAAUUUAGAAUGAUGGGGGGUUAUCUAGGAAUAUUUUUAGUGUGCUAAGAAUAUUAGAAUCAAUUAAAUAUCAGAGAAGGAGGAACUUCAGUGUGCAUACCAUUUCAUGUGGAGAAUUUUAUGACACAUACGCUAGUAUGAGGCAGUGUUCAAUGUGAGCAACUCAGGGUUUUUUUUUUCUUUCUUCAAAGCCUAAAAGGAUUUGACCUGUAGGGGGCAGUAUUGUACUGUCAGCUUUAACUCUGGUACAGCUUUACAGGAUUUAAUCACUGGAUAGAAGUUAAGCUGUACUCACAGGAGUGUUUACAUUCAGAUUUCUUUUUCUUUUUCCCAUAAAUUACCAAAAGCUGUGAUUCAGUCCAGCCUCUCUUCCACAGGCUUUACAAAGAUGUCUGUAGGAAAUCUGUGCAGGGAUAUUGGACGUACUGUGACGGAUUUUAAAGGUGCUCAUGCUGUUUCUUUCCAAUCAGUUUUCAUUUUCUCUGCAUGUUAAAAAUCAAGUCUUUUGUGUUUGGUGCCAAAACUGCUGAUUGACCCAAAGUCCUGUUUAAUGAUAGAAAACGCAAUCACAGACUCUAUGGUUUGGCAGCUUUGAUUCUAAUCCCCCCCCUCUAAUCGGACUCCAGUUUCAGAUGUAAUAUAAUAUUCCUGGAUUUCCAAGUUCAAGAUCACUAUUUCUAGCGAAAUAAUCUGAAAUCAACUAAAUAAGGCACCUGUGGUACAGGUGUGGUGGAGGUGGAGUUUUAUUAAACGUUUUAUUUGGAAGCGUUCUGGAGAUUUGAGCAUUUGAAUUUCAUUGUGAAGUUGAAUUUUUUGGCUUUUCCUCUAAACCUCAGAGAUAAGCUACCAGUCCUGUCCUAACGAAACUUGAAAACUGUGCUUGUGUGUUUGGCAGCUUGGUAAAUGGGUGUCAUGGUGUGUUUGUUUGCGUGUGAGGUUUUUAUUUUAAAUAUAGAGUAGAGAAUGUCAUUUGAAAAUGUGUAGAAUAUUUUUUUCUCCAAUGAGCAUUAUUUUUAGGUAUUUGUACAUAAAUUAAUUUGUAUUUAUACCUUUUUUUUUCAAGUUUUUUUGGAUUGUUUGACCUUGGUAAAACUUGCAGCACUUAAUAUUUUGUAAUAUUGCGUGUUCUGUUUGAAGUUAAGAA